AUGGCGGGUCAUUCUACAGGAUUCCGUGUUCCCCCUACAUCCCAGAAAUUUCAAGGAUGGCCUCAAUUUAGCGGAUUUAUGAAGCCGUGCCGCUUUGAGGGUGAUGUUCGAAAUCUUGAGGUGAUCGGCGCCAUCCCGAAAGAAAUUCACGGCACCUUCUUCCGCGUGAUGCCCGACCCUGCACUACCGCCGUACAUUGACAAUGACCCUUGGUUCAACGGAGACGGCUCUGUGAGCGCAUUCUUUUUCGAGGAUGGGAAUUGUGACUUCAAACAACGCUAUGUUCGAACAGAGAAGUUUGAGAAAGAGGGAAAGGCAAGGAAGGCUCUGAUGGGCAAAUAUCGCAACAAGUACACGGACGCUAUUGAGUUUCAAGUCCGAACCACAUCAAACACGAAUGUGGUCUAUUAUGAUGGCAAGCUUUUAGCAUGCAAAGAAGAUGGUCUUCCUUACGCCAUGGAUCCUGUGACCCUAGAAACGCUUUGUUACUGGGACUUUGAGGGUCAGAUUCCAAGCAUGACAUUCACAGCCCAUCCCAAAUUUGAUCCUAUCACCAGAGAAAUGAUCUGUUUCGGCUAUGAGGCAAAGGGAGAUGGCACACCAGACAUAUGCUACUAUGUGGCCAAUCCUAACGGCAAAGUCAACGAAAUUGUCUGGCUGGUUUCUCCUGUGGUUGCCAUGAUCCAUGAUUUUGCCGUUACUGAGAAUUACGUUAUUUUCCCUGUUAUACCCCAGACUUGUUCCCUCGAACGGAUGAAAGAUGGCGGGGAACACUGGCAGUGGAAUCCAGAUAUCCCAUGCUACUUUGGCGUCCUACCACGUCGCGGUGCGAAAGGCACUGACGUAAAGUGGUUUCGUUCUCCAAAUGCCUUCCCAGGCCACCUUUCCAACGCAUUUGAGAAUAAGGAUGGACAUAUCGUUGUCGACCUUCCAAUGUGUGAUAAAAAUGCAUUUUUCUGGUGGCCUGAUGCGAGUGGUAACGCACCAAGCCCCGAGGAAAUUACAAGCCAUCUAAAGCGAUUUACCAUCGACCCGGAAUCGGACGACAUGGAUCUCGGUGAUCCUCGUUUACUCCUUGAGCUAAAUCUCGAGUUUCCGCGUAUCGACGAUCGGUUUGCCAUGCAGGACUAUAGCCAUGUCUUCUUAGAUAUCUUUGAUCCGAGCUUGCCGACCAAUUUCCCGGUCAUAGCUCCGGUUAUGGGUGGUGGCAGUCCUGUAUUCAACGCCAUUGGACACUUCAAUGUCAAGACUGCUGAGUACAGUCAAUUUUUUGCCGGCCCUACUUCACUGGUACAAGAACCAAUCUUUUUGCCACGCUCAGCUCGGGCUCCAGAGGGGGAUGGCUACAUUAUGGUUUUAGUCAACAGAUAUGAAACCAUGACCAGUGAUCUUGUUAUCAUUGAUACUGGCGACAUGUCGACCCCAGUGGCGACGAUCAAGCUUCCAGUGCGACUCAGGGCUGGUUUGCAUGGCAACUGGGUUGAUGCAGCUGACGUGGAUGGGCACCCGAGAAGUCUGGGAGCCAUAUGA